UUUUCAUUUGUAUCUCUCGGUUUAUUGCUAACUAAUAGUAGUACUAGUAUUGACUAGGUCUCGAUUACAAACUUUUCAAGUUUCCUAAUAGUAUAAAACAAAUUAGAUUAUGUACAGAGCAAUGUUUCUAACACAAUACAAAUGAUAAUUAUUUUAUCAUAUUCACAGAACGUCCACCUUGCUGAAACUCAAAAAGAAAAAGCUAAGCAGUACACCUCAGAAUGUGUUAGAGAAUCUGGCGUGAGCACCGAAGCGAUAAAUGCAGCGAAGAUUGGAAAGUACUCCAAAGAUAAAGCUUUUAAGAACUUCGUGCUUUGCUUUUUCAAAAAAUCCGCAAUCUUCAACUCAGAUGGUACACUGAACAUGGAUGUUGCGCUAGCAAAACUUCCUCCUGGUGUUAAUAAAUCUGAAGCCCAAAGCGUACUAAAACAGUGCAAGAAUAAGACCGGCCAAGGCGCAGCCGAUAAAGCCUUCGAGAUCUUCCGAUGUUACUACAAAGGGACCAAGACACAUAUUUUAUUUUAAUUAAUCUCGAAAUAAGAAACUAUAUUGGUCAUUCUAAAUUACUACACACUGUUUUGAAAUAAUUUAAAAUGUCAUUAAAGUAAUAUUUCCUUUA